GAGAAAAGACGGUAGGGAACGGGCGGCUUUCAUGCUCCAUCUACCAUGUGGAAGGUACAAUGCCUUGAGCUGUCCAAGCUCCUCUACUUCGUCCUCGCCUUCAUUGUCGUAUACAUCAGCCAGAACGAACGCUAUAAGUGUAUUUACAGAGCCAUCGUCAACUUUCCUAGGGAUGUAGAUUUAUUAGUGAAAAUUGCGCACAUGAUGCUUGUCAUAUUCUAUUAUGACAUUCGAGGAUGGACAACACUGGAUAUAUUUCAGCAGCAUGCCAAGAAAAAUCCACAAAAGGUUGCAUUUAUUUGUGGUGAAAAUUAUAUCCAGUACAAAGAGAUGGAUGAGUUUAGUAAUAGAGCUGCAAGGUUCUACUCUUCUCUAGGUAUUGCUAAAGGAGAUUCUGUUGCCAUAUUUUUGGAAACCAGAGUGGAGUACCCUUCAGUUUGGCUUGGUUUGAUGAAGAUAGGUGGAGUUGGUGCCCUCAUUAAUACAAAUCAGAGAACACAAGUUCUUGAGCAUUCUCUCAGAAUUAGUGGAGCCAAGUAUUUGAUCUAUGGGACAGAACUAACUCAAGCUUUGAAGGACAUCAAAGAUUUACUUAAGGACUUUAAACUUUAUCAUAUUGGAAAUGGUGAAGCUCUGGAGGGAUCAAAGAAUUAUCUUGAAGAGAUUUCAAAAUUCUCCCCAAAGCCAUUGGAUAAUCCUCUAAAAAUGAAAAUCACUGAUAAAUUUUUGUACAUAUAUACAUCUGGAACAACUGGUCUUCCUAAAGCUGCAAUAAUGACUCAUGCAAGGUAUUGGGUUUUGGUUCUUGCUUGCAUUAAAUGUUUCCGACUCAGGAGUUCUGAUAUUGUUUAUGAUCCCCUUCCUUUAUACCAUACUGCAGGAGGACUUUUGGGUGUUGGUCAAGUUUUGAUGAAUGGUUCUACUGUUGUCCUGAGGCCGAAGUUCUCAGCAUCCAAUUUCUGGGUAGACUGUAUUAAGUACAACUGCACUGCAGCCCAGUAUAUUGGAGAAAUGUGUAGAUAUCUCUUAAGCCAGCCACCUAGACCUACUGACAGGCAUCACAAAGUGAGGUGUGUUUUCGGAAAUGGUCUCAAAUUUCAGGUUUGGGAACCCUUUGUAAAUAGGUUUGGUAUUGAACAGAUUGGAGAAUACUAUGGAGCAACUGAGGGAAAUGCAGCAGUCAUUAAUGCCUGGAACUUCCCUGGUGCAUGUGGAUAUAUACCAUGGUUCGCCAAGCCAUUCUAUCCAAUCUCUCUCAUCAAAGUAGAUGAAACAACUAAUGAACCUAUUCGUGGACCAGAUGGACUUUGUAUUGAGUGCAAGACAGGUGAGCCAGGACUCCUAGUUGGUAAAAUUCAGAAAAGGCCUACUGGACAUUUUAAUGGUUAUGUUGACAAGGAAUCUACGGAGAAAAAAAUUUUGAGGGAUGUUUGCUCAAAAGGAGACAAAGUAUUCAAUUCUGGGGAUAUUCUUGUCAAGGAUGAAUGGGGAUAUGUCUAUUUUAAAGAUAGGACUGGAGAUACUUUCAGAUGGAGGGGGGAGAAUGUAGCUACAACAGAAGUUGAAGCCAUUAUUAGCAAUAUUGUCGGACUGAAAGAUGCUACUGUUUAUGGAGUAGAGCUACCUGAUGUUGAAGGACGUGCUGGGAUGGCUGCUAUAGUUGACACUGAAGGUCGUUUGGAUCUAGAAAAAUUAUCUGAAGGAAUUCAUAGAGACCUACCACCUUAUGCUAGACCAGUCUUCAUUAGAGUAAUUCAUAGCUUACCUAUCACAAGCACAUUUAAGAUACAGAAGGUUUAUCUGCAGAAGGAAGGAUACAAUGUUGACAAAAUUAGUGAUCCUAUUUAUGUAUUUGAUGCGAAAUCUUCUAAAUACAUUCCUUUCACAAGAGAACUCUACAAUGAUGUACUUAGCAACAAAUUAAGACUUUGAAUAAAUAAUGUUAAUAAUUGUAUAAUUUUUGGUAUCGAAAUGAUUUUUUUGUUAAAUAAUUUUUGUUUUAAAUAUAAGUUGUUUUUUUUUAAAUCAUUAUUUUAAUUCUUUAAUUCCCUCUACUCAAUAACUAAAAAUAAAGAUAUUAUGGUUUAAUUUAUUCAUUAACAACAAAUCAAAUUUUUAUCUGCUUGAAAUAGACUUAUUUUUUUUUUACUUAAGAAACAGUUAUCUACCUUGUAUAAACAGUCAAAACUUGAUACUAACCUAUUAUAUUUUUUUAUUCUUAAUGAAAUGUCGCAUUUCAUGCUUUUAAACAACCGUAACAAUUUGUUUCAUUCAGCAUGAUGCAAAAAUAAUGGUUAAUUUUGAAAUAAAUAAAACUUCUAGGAUUGUUUACUUUUUUAAAAAACUUACAAAUGAAUAAAUCUACAUAAUAAUGCACUUCAUCCAUUACCUAAAUUGUAAAUUAUUUUUGGCUUGAAAUCAAAAUCUGAAAUGUUUUAAAUCAUAUUGCAUUUUGUCCCCGAUACUAAAAGAUUAGAAGUGGGUGAUAAAUAUUCAGGUCACAGUCAUUACAAAGUUUUUAAAAGUGCCGACAUUUCAACCCAAACAUGUGGGCCAUCAUCAGAAAAAUUGUUUAAUACAUUCAGGAAUAUAAUAUUAUAAGACAUAAUGGUUAAUAAUAAAAAAAAAUAGUGAUUGAUGAUAAAUGAAGUAUGUAAAAAGUCAUAUGUUUAGGCCGUUACCAAUUGCUAACUAUUGAUAGGAUAUUUAUCGAUAUUACCAUUUGUUUAGGUCAUUAAUUUUAUUUUAAUUUUACACAAAAUUAUAAAUAGUAAAUUAUGACUAGUAAGUAUUUUCGUUUUGUUUUAAUUUAAGUUUAAUUUACUCAAAAACAUAUAUGUAUAUGAAUCGAGAGAACUUUAUUAUAUAGCUUAAUUUGAAUGUAAAAAAACAAUCACCUAUCUUAUGGACUAAUGGAUGGUCCCCCUCCCCCCUACAAGCUGAGGCUCUAUGAAUGGAGAUCUUUUUUCUCUGGCCAGCUAGAUGCUUAGAGAAUUGAGUGAGCAUCUCCCUUUAAUUAAUAUACGCAGCGUCUACCAUCACUUGUAUUUACCUAAGCCAGUGGUUACUUUACUGUAUAUCUUUGUUGGUGCCUCUACGUUCUUCAGCUGCCAGCUGGAAUAAGAAGAGAUUAACCUCCAACAGUAAAUCCGGUAAAAUCAUGCCUGAUUAUUCUUUAUUUAUUAUGAAACCAAACCUUUUAUAAUAGAACACCGUCAUAGUUUAGACGCUUCACCUUAAAUUUCCAAGCGAGAAUCACCUCAUUUUUUUUUUUUUUGGAAUGCAGAUAAUAGACAUUGCUUAGUUAUGAUUUUUUAAUGAAAUUUACAACUAUGAAAAUAAAACCAGUAAAUAUGCACACAUCAGAAAUAAUGACAUGAACCGACUUGAAGAGAUACUACCCAGUGGUAACACUCCCUAAUUAUAAUUAAUUUCUACUUUACAUUAUGUUUAUUAGUUCCCAAAUUUAUAUCACUAUAAAUUUAAUUUGUUGUUUUUCCUCAAAUAAUUAAUUUCAAAGUUCUUCCC